UUUAAUUCAGUUUUCCUUCUUAGCUUUAGAGUAACAAAGAAAACAUUGCCACAAUAUGAAGUUUUUAUGAGAUUAACACAAUGUACAAUAUCUAAAAUCUAAAAAUUCCAAUAAUAUUAAACCAUUUAACUAUUGCAAUGUCAAAACUACUGCCCAUUAAUAAACGAAUAGUUUUCACGAGUGAAAUGGCGAGAAACCAAAACAACCUUCCUGCGCUUUAAUACUGAAUUAAAUGUGAUGUGCGAUAGAUAGUUUUAUGUUGAAAAACAACUGACCGGAUGUAGAACAACGCUUCCGGUGUCGCCACCUUCUUUGUCUCCGGCCCAAUAUUUCGACACCAAGGGUUUUCUAUUUUUUCCACCUUAGUUUUGAGGAUAUAUUUACUCAUAUAUCCUUGUAUUUCUGGAUUGAAUGACAGUCGACUCUGAAAUAUUUAUGCCUAAAAGUAAAGCACCAAAAAUGGAUGACCUGGACUACAUCCCAGUAGACCUGAGCCCAGAGGAGCGCUCUGAGCUGGAGGACAUCCGCAGGAGGAAGGGUGUCCUGCUGCAGGAGAUCCAGAGACUCAGGGAGGAACUACGAGAGGCAAUUAUGGAGGUGGAGGGACUGGAGACCAGCACAGAGGGCAGUAAAACUCUCCAGAAAAGCAGGCAUGUGGCGAUGGGAAGGAAGAAAUUCAACAUGGAUCCCAAAAAGGGCAUCGUGUUUCUGGUGGAGAACGAGCUGCUCAGACACACUUCAGAGGAUGUCGCUCAGUUCCUCUACAAAGGAGAGGGCCUCAACAAGACUGCCAUUGGCGAUUACCUGGGAGAAAGGGACGACUUCAACCUCAAAGUUCUUCAGGCUUUUGUUGACCUCCAUGAGUUUACUGAUCUCAACCUCGUCCAGGCCCUCAGACAGUUCCUGUGGAGUUUCCGUUUGCCCGGUGAAGCCCAGAAGAUUGACAGAAUGAUGGAGGCCUUUGCUCAGAGAUACUGCCACUGCAACCCCGGCGUCUUCCAGAGCACUGACACAUGUUAUGUGCUGUCAUUUGCCAUCAUUAUGCUGAACACAAGCCUCCACAAUCCAAAUGUGAGGGACAAACCCGGAUUGGACCGCUUCAUCUCGAUGAACCGAGGCAUCAACGAGGGGGGAGACCUCCCCGAGGACCUGCUCAGGAAUCUCUAUGAUAGCAUUAAAAAUGAGCCCUUCAAAAUCCCGGAGGACGACGGCAACGACCUGACGCACACCUUCUUCAACCCGGACAGAGAGGGCUGGCUUCUCAAACUCGGGGGACGCGUGAAAACCUGGAAACGACGAUGGUUCAUCCUCACAGACAACUGCCUUUAUUACUUUGAAUACACCACAGAUAAGGAGCCGCGAGGAAUCAUUCCUUUGGAAAACCUUAGCAUCCGUGAGGUAGAAGACCCAAGGAAACCUAACUGCUUUGAGCUGUACAUCCCCAACAACCGCGGUCAGCUGAUUAAAGCGUGCAAGACGGAGGCUGAUGGGAGGGUAGUAGAAGGAAACCACAAUGUGUACCGCAUCUCCGCCCCCACACCCGAGGAGAAGGACGAAUGGAUCCACAGCAUCAAAUCUGCUGUCAGUGUCGAUCCCUUCUACGAAAUGCUCGCUGCGAGGAAGAAACGUAUAUCACUGAAGAAGAAGGAGGAACAACCGUAGAGUAUUCCCUUCAUUCUCUACCUGUCUUCCUCUGUCCUUCUCAUCCUCCUUCCAACAGGACACACGUUUUCUUCCCUGCUCCUCACUACCUGUCCAUAUGUUUAGUUGCUCCUCUUUCCACCACCCUCAAACACUUCUCCCUGAUAUGAGGACUCCUUGCUAUGUUGUCUACCAGACUUUUGAAAGACCUCCUACAGAGGGAAGCGCUCCCUGCCGUGGCUGCCUCUUGUUAACUUGUUUCUUACACUACUGCUGUUAUACACAACCUGACACACUACAACCAGAGCACAUCGUCAGUCCCGUCCUCUCACCACCUUCCUCUCUCGUUUAGCAUCCAAGUGAACUGUGAACCGUGGCUCGGACCAUAUUCAUACUAAUGUUGGUGAUUUCAGAAACAAUUCUUUCCCGUUUUGAAAAUGCAGGGAUGAUGAAGGAUUUAAAAAAAGGCUAUGAUUGUUGAGAUUUAGGGCAUCCUGAUUAUUUUUUGGGAAUCUUUUCUCUUUUUUCCCCCUCAUAAUUGCCUUGUAAACCACAAACAGAACUUUAAAAAACACUGACCGCUGUUCAGCAGAAGUAUGUGAGUACGAUGGCUGAAGCAGCACUUAACAGAAUUGGUUUUUAAUAUUUCUCUUUAUGUACUCUGGCCUUUAAGACUACUCUCUGAAAAUACUUCUGCAUUAGUGUGAAUAUGGUCUUAUUCAGGGUAGCAAGCAGCCUCAGUUCUCGUUGAGUCUUCUUUCACAUUUAUGAUGAUGCCUAGAUGAGAAAUCACUCUCCUUGGUUGUGCGCACCCCAGAAAAAUGUGAAUAUAAUAUUCAAACACUAAAAAUGUUCUUUUAGUUAAAGGACAGUUGUGUAGGAUUUGUGGUGGAUAUAUUGAGGGAAGUGGAAUAUAAUAUUCAUCAGUGUAUGAUCAUCACUUAUCUCGGAAUCGUGUUUUCGUUAGCUUAUAAUGAGCGCGUCAUAUCUACAUAGGGUGCCGUUUCUGCCAGCUCUAAAGAGGGACUUUCAUGUUUUUUCAGCUUGAAUUUUAAGGCACACGAUUGAAAGAUGGAGAUAAGAAAGACAAGGUGGUUGGUGGUGGCUAAACAUUUGAUGUAUUAAGAAGUUUGAGAAACCCAAUAUUCCAGUAAUGGAGGGUCAUUAUCUAGCACAAGAAAAAGCUAACGAUUGUCGUCAAGGAAGCAAAAACCGAAAGAAUGUCGAGGCUAGAUACCAAUAAAUCCUACACACUGGACCUUUGACGAUAGUUAGAGAGGAAUCCGUUUCAGAUCACUGAGGUGUGCCCAUUGCCUCUUAUACUACUCUUAAUGGCUCUGACACACAUUACUACUGUCUAAACCCUGCAUACUGUAACCAUUAUGUGAGGAAAAUGUCACUGUUCAUGACUGUUUGCCAAGUUACUGUUGAUUUUCAAUUACAGGGCAGAAAGGUUGCUUUACUUGCAGUAUUAAUGGAGAAAGCAAUUUCUCUCCUUCCAGAUAGCUUUUUGUUUCUGCUCAUGUGUGUUGUUUGGCAUGUUUCUUUACAUGCUUGAGCAAUAGCUGUAGGCUUGUUUACAAAUCCUUUAUAACACUUUACUGAGCAAUGAUCAUGUCCUCUCAGAUGUAAUGUUAUAGCAUGCCACACAUAUUCCUUUCUCUCUCAACACUACCAAGAUGAACAUGGACAUCUCUCUCACAACAAGUAAUAACUCUUUAAGACAUUUAACUGUUAGAGCCUGGACUGUCCGCUAUAGUGCGUUUCAUGAAGUCACAAAGGCAGCUCAUUACAAUGUAUACUUUUUGUAAAUAGAUGUUAGCAUAUUUGUUUACGAUACACAUAGAAAUGAUUUAAUUUAUUCUUUAUCUUUUGUUAAAAUCAGAUUUUUGUACGAGCUACUGUAGGACUGCAUGUUGAUAAACUGAAGCGUCGGAGUAGGUACUGAUGCGUCGCUGAUCAUGCUAGUGCACUGAUUUGAAAAGUGUUAGUGUUCCCUGUUGAUGCGGAAAAAGUGCAUCUAAUAUGGAAUUUGUUUUAAGCAUAGAGUAAUUAGUCUUAUCGUAGUUUCUUUUGAAAAUAAUAUGAUAUUAAGGAGAUGUUUAGAAGUCUGGUUUAUUUAUUUUGGAGUAAACCAGACUGUAAAGCACAAGCAGCAAAGAGUCUUAUAAACUUAAGUCCAGUUUUUGAUUCAAUGGCUGCCCAGAGUCCGCUAGAAGUGUGAGGGAGCUAUUCACAAGCUAAAAUAGAUUUAUUUCCAUCAUACUACUGUCAUUGAAAUGAAGACAACAAAACAAGGAACACUAACAAAGCUUUGAUUCAUUAAAUAAUAGUAAAGAUAUUCAGAUGUAAUGAAUGAGUAACAAGUUUAGAUUUGUGUCCAGUAAUAGAUUUGCUUGACAUCCAGUUCAUAAACGUAUUGCUAGUUGUUUAUUGAAUUGGCAAUCUUUAGAAGGUAGUGAAAAUAAUUGUCUACUGCACUUUAUCAAUUUUAGCAUUUUGGAGAAAAUGCUGUUACUUUGACUGACAACACUCCAAUACUCUGUAGCCACCCUCUACUGGUGAGCUAACACUGCAAUAUGCUGAAGGAUGAACCAUAAACUGUGUAGAAAUGAUAUUAUUUGAAACUUUUCUUUGUGAUAACAACAUGAAGACUUUGUUUUAAAGACACAGCAAGUGAUUGGUCCUUCAAAUAACAGAUAUUGAAUUGCCUUUACUCUCCUACCUUAUGAAACUGACAAAGGCCUAACUUUUAUCCUCCUUGUUUGUGUGCUAACAAAACACACAGACUAUCUGUAGGCCUCCACUUUCUGGGUAUUCUUGAAGUGCAAAGUUGCCAAAUAAAAAAGUUGGGACAACAAAUGUUUAUUUAAACAUAAAAAAUGAACACUGAAAUGAUCAGACUGAAACUGGGCCUCUUCAGAAAAUGUUUAUUUUGUAUUAUUUAUUUUUAUUUACGUUAAGUUUAAGAUGGAUAGAUCAUCUGUAAAUGUAGCAAAAGGAAAACAAUGAUUCAUUGGUACGAGUAAACUACUGUGUAAAAUAAAAGGUAAACCAAGA